CUCUUUGCACUCGCUUCGAGAACCGCUGGCGUUGCUCCAUCUCGCUCCCUCGAGCGGUAGAGUAUAUUUGGAGGCGUUGGGGCGCUCGCUCCCGACAGUUGUGCUUGGAACGCUUCGGAGUGAAGAUCGUGCUUGUCCGAUCGCAGCGCGUGAUACACGGCGGAAAAUAUAAAACAAGAGACCCAAAACUCGGAAGAAACGCGAAUCGAAGCGAGUGAGAAAAAAGCAACUGCUUGACAGCUAAAAAGAAAUUGUUUUUUACACACAUCAAUCUCGUCGCACGUAAAUUAGCAAGCGUUCGCAAGAAACAAGCCGCCGCACAGAUAAAUCAGAAAUUACAAAUAAAAAACACAGAAAACAAAUAUCAAAAACCGAAAUUGGCUGCAAACGAGAGACAGCGGAUACACCGAGUGAAAUUUGUGUCAUAAGCAAAGCCAAAAGGCAGAAAACCAAAAACCCAAAAAAGCGCUAGCAAAAAAACAAAAACAUAAAAGCGCCUAAGUGACUGUGAAACUGUGAAGUGAUGUGUAAAGCCUGAAGAAUGGCCAUAGACCUCCUGAUCCUGGCCCUGCUGCUCGUCUCGUUCCUGAUCAAUCUCCUGGCGCUGUGUGCCUUCUGGAUCACUCCCGGCCUGCGCACCACCGCCAAUCGUUUCACGAUCAAUCUGCUGGCCAUCAAUCUCAUUGGAUGCUGCAUCCUUGCCCCCACUCUCUUCCUGGGCCUGCCCUCCAAGUCUGCGGGUCACACAGUGCCAGCGGAAUCCCUUGAGUAUGUCUCGAAGCCGGGGAACCACCAGGUCACCGUCAGGCGUAAUGGCCACGUCGUCGAGCAGGAUGCAGUGGUGGUGCGACGCAACAUCAGCGACGGCAGCGAUACGGUGGAUUUCAUCAAUUGCACCGGCAGCUACUGCCGGGAGCUAACCAUCGAUGAGCGUCGGGAUGGUGGUGUUGUCAUCACGGAGACGGAAACCCAUGAGGAGAAUCUCUCCGCUGCCUUCGAGAGCACUCCCACCUCGGCCCCAGUUCUGCCACCGGUGGAGCUCCGCUGCUGGUCCAUAGAUAUGACCGCAGCUCUGGGAGCCCUGGCUGUGCUCCUCGUGGUGGGUGACACCUGGUGUGCCGUCACCGAUCCCCUGCGUUACCACAGUCGGAUUUCGGGGGUGAAGACUUGGAUCUUCAUAGCCCUCACCUGGCUGGUUGGUAUGCUCUUCGGGGCCCUAUCCUUCCUCCGCGUGCUGGACUUUGAGGCGGACACCGUUCUGAGUCGGCAAAGGCGAUUGGCAACUACUUACUUCAACAUUAGCACCUCCAGCAAUAUCUUUGGUGUAGUCUAUGCCAGUGUGUACUUCAUCGUGAUCAUCCUGCUGCCCUUUGGCUUCGUGUGUGGAAUGUACUGGCGAAUCUUUAGUGAGGCUCGCGGCAAUGGGUUGCGCAUGCGCCAGAAUGGAUCCUCGCCUCUACUGCAGAGCGCCUUGAACCUCACCGCUGGGCAGCAGGCGGCUCAGACCAAUCAGUUCUCCAACAGUUUGUGCGUCCACCGGCACUCCAUAUCCUCAGCGAGUUCGCAUGGCGGCAACAGCACCGUGGGCCUCGGCAUUGGACUCGGUGGCCUGCAAAUGCAGAUCGAUCAGCGCCAACAGCCUCGCAGUUCCCCCAGCUGCCUGCGUCGCGACUCGGCGGCCAAGGUUCUGCUGCCCACAAUCUCAGAUGAUGGCGGUUCGGAUGCGGAUGCGGAGAGUAUUGCCGGUGUCCAGCUGAUGCCCGUGCAGGAGCACACCCUGUCGGAUCGUAACCAGAACAUCCUGCUGACCCUGCAAACGGCUAGUGGUGAGAUCAAGCGGAACUAUUCCGCUCGCCAGCUGCCUUUGCUGGGCACCUCCUCGCAGGAUCUGCGGGAGGCCCACCGCCUGCAGGGUAUCCGUCAGGUGCACAGCUCACCCAACCUGCACAAGUACACGGAGCUGCGACAGGAGUCGCUGGGCGAUGAGAGCGGCUCACCCCAUCUCCUGGGUCAUGCCCAGCGUCAGCAGCAGCAGCAGUCGCAGCAACAGCACAUGCAACAUCAGCAGCACCCGCUGCAGCACCAUCAGCAGCAGCAUCACCCCCACUUCAGCUCGCCCCGCCACCAACAGGGACAACAGGGCCACGCCCUCCAGAUUCCCGCCAUCCACGCCUCCCCCAAAGCGCUCAGCUACAUGAGCUCCCUGCGUCACCGGCUGAGCAACGCCAGCUCGCUGUUCAAGUACCGCGAGGAGUCGCGGGCUGCUCGGAUCAGCAUCCUGGUGGUGGUCAUGUUCGUGGUCUCCUACCUGCCCUUCGGCCUGCUAGUCCUGCUGCAGUCGCGCCUGAUGGCAGCUAACUUUGGCGGUUCCUCGCAGCUGGCCAUCUUCAUGAUCCUGCUGGCCAACCUCAGCUCGCCCUUCAUCUUCGCCUACCGGAAUAAGCGGGUAAGGCGCGGUGUGAAGCGCCUGUUUGGCCUGGACAAGUCGGCAGGUCUGCAGAGGCACUGCAGCAGCAGUGUGAAGACCAACGGCGGAGCUCCAGCUGCUUCCGGCGGAAGUGGAGGAGCACAGUUGCAGCGGAAUAGCAGCAAAUUGUCGCAGUACAGCAGCAAUAGCUGCCGAUAUCUGACGCCCCAGAGCUCGCUGGUCAGCCAGGUGCCGGUGCACACCACCCUAACCCUGCGGCCCAACAGCAGCUGCAGCACCAUCAUCAACUUUGGUGCCACCCGGGGAUCGGCGGACUCCGAUGAGCUGCCACCUCCAACACCACCGCCGCCACCUCAUACUGCGACACCCACGCCGCCGCCGCCGUCAAGGCCGCAGCGGCCCAAGUUGCAGCGGGGCAUCACCAUCGUGGAGCAUAUCGCCAUCACACCCACGACGCCUCACAAGUUCCAGAACCGGCGGGGCCGGCUCUUCGACAUGUUCUUCCGCGGCUCCAAGAAGCUGCAGGCGGGCUGCCAGAGCCAGAGCUUGCCCACAGAGGUCUAAGCUAAGAGGACUUAACGUUUAAAUAUUUAUUAUGUAAGAGGACACACACUAAACUCGCUUGCUGAAGAAUUCUAAGAACAGUAUUCGUAAUUUGUAAGUGUAGCAAUUAGCAAAGACAAGUUCGAAUUUGAGCUGUCCCAGAAGCUUCUCAUGCCAAAAACAAAAGAAAGUCAGACUCACAAGUUUGAGAUGCUUUAACUUAAAAGAUAACUAAGCUAAACUAUAAACAUAAAAAACACUGAGAAAAACACACUAAAAACAAAACAAACAAAAUGUACCUUUAGAGCAUACAAAGCAAAUAGCAACAACUGUGUACAAGUCAAAUUAACAAACAAACAGAGGGACGAUUAUAAUAUUCUUAGGGUGGAUAUCAAACUGUAAUGUGGAACCAAGCCAAGCCAAGUCGAGAUGGAAUCAAUGUACCUAAGCAACAAAGCAUAUGAACAUUUAAUGUUUUUAUAGAGAAAGUCCAAUUCAAUCCAAUUCAACUCAACUCAGACAGCACAGUUAUCCACAGCUAAUUUAUUAUUUAUUUUUAAGGCAUUACCACGAUACGAGCCUAGUUAUUAGAGACACACACAAAAACACCGAAAAGCUUUAACUCCAAAACAUUCUGGCUAACCGAGAAGAGACGCAGCAAAUACAUUCAAUUGAUAAGUUAAUUAAUUAAUUAAGUAAGUGUGCAAAGCAUAUGCGUAUUCGUAUUUUAGCGCCUAAGUAGCCGCGUAGUCCCAAAGUCUUAAAUCGAGCACCUAGUGCCGCGCAGUGCUUUUCGAGCCGACCAUCUUCCAAAAUGGCCCCUCAAGGUCGCAUUUUCAUAUUGAAAAGCGUUAGCCAGUGCAGCGGCCAUUGGAAAAUUGGUCAGUAAGUCAGUUGGUCAGUCUGCCAGUCAGUCAGUCAGCCAGCCAGCAGUUAGUUAACCAUUAAAGUCAAUUCGCUUUCGUAGAACCCUGGGCAUUGCGUGCAGCUAAAUACCUCAUUAGAUAUAAUUUAAAGUGCAAGAUGGACAGCGGGAAUAGGUCAAAAGUCAGAGCCAUCAUACCACCGGCUCAUGCAUAAUGGAUAAUGGAUUGUGCAUACCUGGUAUGGUUGAAGUGGCCCUGGCAUUUGUCCCCUCCUGACCGCUUCGGGCCAGAAAGCUUUAUACCGUAUAGGUUCUCCUCAGCGCCCCGCUUUGAUUUGCCCCGCUGCACAGAUACACACACCACACACCACGCACACCACACACACACCAUACAAA